CAAAACUGAGAAAGCGCCUAAGCAGGAAUUUCAAGGUACGACUGUGAAGCUGGAGGUUUGGCUGAAAAAAGAAGAACGUUAAACUAUCUGAGCUGUCUGUUGAAGACACCUUAAAGGCUUAUCGUACAGCAUCUGUGUUAGUGUCUGUGAGACGUAGACCAAGAACUAUUCAAGCCCCAGAGCCUUAUCUAUCUACCCCCGUAAUGCUUUCGGCUGAGAUACUUUGCCGCUUUAGAGAUCGUGACGGUUAUUCCAUCUGUAUUUUGCACAAAGCAAGUCCACUGUAGCUCUGUCUCUUCUUUGUCGUGUGCCUAUCACUUAUACUCCCCGCACGACAUCUGUAUGGUCUUUACUGAUAUCAGUUGCAGCUUUUUACGCACCAGUCUUCAACGUGUUGCUUCUUCUGUCAUCCAGAACACCUGUAUGUCGGUCAACACCCUUAUCGACCUCUCUAAAAAGUUGUUUGCAGUCGCUGCCUCUGUAGCCGUUGUCGGUUUGCUAGGUGUGUACAAACUCCAACUGUUUCUCGUGUAUCCGUCGUCCUUGAACAAUGCCAGAAACGUGUUGGACACCCCUGAUGCGUACGAUUUGCCCUAUGACGACGUUUCGUUGACGACUCCCGACGGAGAGACCCUCCAUGCUUUUGCCAUCCGUCAGAACGCAGACUCUGCUACCUACACCAACAAAACCAUCGUCAUGUUGAGCCCUAACGCUGGUAAUAUCGGUAACUACUUGCCCAUUGCCAGACUUUUCUACGACUUUGGCUACAAUGUGUUUAUAUACUCGUACCGCGGGUACGGGAAAUCCACCGGAACCGCCUCCGAGAAAGGCUUGAAGCUCGAUGCAGACACCGCCAUGGAAUUUCUCGCGCAAGACAUCCAGUUCUCGCAGUCGUCGAUUGUCUUGUACGGGCGCUCGCUUGGAGGUGCUGUCUCUAUUUAUUUGGCCAGCAAACACCCCCAGGCGAUCGCAGGGGUGGUGCUUGAGAACACUUUUCUCUGCUUGCCCAAAGUGGUGCCACACAUAUUCCCGGUUUUGGCGCGUUUCGCGUUCAUGUUGCAUCAGCGGUGGCCUUCCGAGGAAAUUGUGGGCAGUGUCCCGCUGCAUAUUCCAUUUUUGUUCAUGAAUGGUUUAAAGGAUGAGAUCGUCCCUCCCAGUCAUAUGCAGCUGUUGUAUGAAUUGUGUCUGGCAGACGUGAAGGAGAUUCACAAGUUUGCGAAUGGGUACCAUAACGAUACGUUGUCACAGCCUGAGUACUGGGAGAUUGUCCAUGACUUUAUCAAAAUGAAGGUGAAUCCAAUUGGGCAUUAACAGGAAGAGCGUAAGACGAAGGUGAAUCCAAUUGGAUAUUAGCAGGAAGAGUGUAUGAGUGGUGCUUUGCACUGAGUAAACAGCAAGCUUUGUUUCCAUCGAGGUUGACCCUCACUGUGGGUGCAUAUCUUCCAAAUGUCUGACCGUUCUCACAGGUGAAAGACGGUGCAUUCCCUCUGCCUUUUGAGGUUAUCACUACGAUCCGUAUACCCUGGCUUUUUUUUUUUUUUUUUCUUUCGUUCGGUGCCUUUGUUGGUUAUCCAUGGUUCAGAAGUUCCAUGCGCCAG